CAACCAACUAAUCCUUGUUUCGUCUCUCACAUUCUUCGCUUGCCUUAUUUCAUCCUGCAUUUGAUGUGUAUUUGACUUCCUUUUCUAAUUUUAUUUGAUUUGAUCUUCUAAAAAAAAAGGAAGAAAAAGGCGCUCUAAACCGAAUCAAGCAGAAGUCGAAACCAAGGAAAAACCCCUUCAGCACAGAUCCCAACACUGCCGAUUCAUAUCUAAUAAUAUCCAUCCACCAUCUACCAUACUUGUGAUUGUAUUAAAUUGACCCGAGUCCUACCCCUCCACCCCCUCCUUCACGAUGUCUUCCGCCCAAGAAGAAUUCAAUCAGCUCGUCAGUAGCAACCGCGACAAGUUCUCCUCCCACCCGGAAGAUCGCAACGUCUCCGACCACGAAUCCGACGACGACUCCGACAAAUCCAUCGUCUCCGAGCCCGAAGACUCCAACAUGGCUGCCGGCGGCCCAGCCACCUACCACGUCCCUCGAACAGUCUACGACGCCAACACCGGGCCCAAGGGUGUCAUCGCCGACGCCCAGGCUUUCGAGCGUGCCCGCAAGAGCUCCUUCCGCAACACCUUUCGAUCCAAGGACCACGCGCGUGGCGCGUCCAAGUCCUCCAAGGAUGAUGCGACACUGCUGUACAAUUCGAACCCCCCGCAUGGCUCGGCAAGUGAUGACGACGAGGAUCGCUUCCUACGUCAGUGGCGCGAGGAGCGCAUGCAGGAGCUGCAGGGCCGGAACGGCCGUCGGAACAGUCCCUGGCGGAAAGUUUACGGCUCCGUCGACACCGUCGACGCUGUAGGCUAUCUGGAUGCCAUUGAGAAGGUGCCGUCUGAUGCUGUGGUUGUUGUUUGUCUGAAUGAUCCUGACUCCCACGCGAGCGCACAGGUAGAAGACUGCCUGGAUGUCAUCGCGCGCCGACAGCCCGGCAUCCACUUCGUCAAAAUGCAUUACGAAAUCGCGGAGAUGGACCACAUCAAGGCCCCCGCUUUAUUAGCCUACAGGGACGGUGACGUCUUUGCGACGAUCGUGGAUAUCGCGACCCAGAUUCCCAAGGGCCGGCCUUGUACCGCGGAUACACUGGAAGAUCUCCUCAAAUCGUACCGCGUUCUUUGAAUACACCCCUGUACCAUACAUAUCAUAUCCAUCCAUCCACUCCCUUGAUCUCCCCUCUCCCCACCCAACCCACCGUCCCAGGGACGGUCCCAGCCUGAAGCGCAGCAGGUGGCGCCGGGGUCUCCCAUACCCCCCUCCCUGUCUGCACUGAGAAUCACCCAGUUUGAAAGGCAUCACAGAUUCCCUCGUCUUUGAUUUGGUUGAUUGAUUGAAUCGACACAUGACUUCAUCCGUCCCUACCCCGUGACUGGGUUAUGCGUACGCAUGAGAAUCCGAGGUGUUUUCGUCUUCUUUCACCCCUGUCUAUCUUCUUUUUUUCGUCAUGUUUUAU